AUGGCAACAAAGGACUUCAAUUUAGAGGGCCAAGAUAAAUGGCCCGAACACACUGAGAGGAUGUCCCAAGACACAGACUCUAUCGAGUCAAUUUCCACGAUAGACGCACAGAUCGAGCGCGAUGCGCUGGGAAAGACAUUGACAGCUCGUGCCUCGCGAACCUCGCAUAUGUCACUGUCGGAGCGUGUAACGACAAUCGCAACCAAUGCCACCGCCGACCCCGACUAUGAAGUCGACUGGGAUGGCAAUGAUGACCCUGAGAACCCCAAGAAUUGGAACUUCAAGUAUAAGUCCAUGGGCAUCGUGUUUCUAUCAUGGAAUACUCUCAUCGUCGUGUUAUAUUCAACUUCUUAUACAUCAGGUAUUACAUUAAUGGCGGAGGAAUUCGGCCAAUCCAGGAUUAUCGUCACCCUUGGCUUGACCUUCUAUCUGUUCGGUCUUGCCAUCGGAUCCAUGUUCAUGGCCCCGUUGAGCGAAGUCUACGGACGGAAACCUGUCUGUGUAAUUUGUCUUGCCGUGUUCACAGUCCUGAUCAUCCCCUGCGCACUCGCCAAGUCCGUCACGGCACUGAUCGUCAUUCGCUUCAUCGCUGCUUUCUUCGGCAGUGUCAUGAUCUCUACCGCGCCCGGUAUGGUGGCUGAUUUGGUGGAUGAUGAGCAACGUGCUCUGGCAAUCUCUGUUUGGAGUAUUGGGCCACUCAACGGACCAGUCAUUGGUCCUGUUAUCGGAGGCUUCGUCACUGAAUAUCUUGGCUGGCGCUGGAUGUGCUGGAUCGCGCUCAUGCUCUCCGCUAUUGCUUUGGCCUUUGCUAUCAUCCUCAAGGAAACAUAUGCACCAACCAUUCUCCAAAAUAAAGCAGCCAGACUGCGCAAGGAGAGCGGCGAUUCCCGCUGGUGGAGUCGCUACGACCAAAAGGCGAGCCUUGCUGAAAUCCUCAAACUGAACCUCAGCCGGCCAUUUGUAAUGGCAGUCACCGAACCAAUCUGCAUCUUCUGGAACAUCUACAUCGCAAUCAUCUACGGCAUCCUGUACCUCUGCUUCGUAGCCUACCCAAUUGUCUUCCGAGACAUUCGCGGAUGGGGACUGGGCAUUUCUGGGCUCGCCUUCCUGGGCAUCGGGAUUGGCGUCGUCCUCACAAUCGCCUGCGAACCCUUAAUCCGGCGACUAAUCAAUAGCCACGCCAAAGACCCCGAGACCGGAAAAUUACACCCCGAGGCAAUGGUCUCGUUCGUCUGCAUCUGCGCAGCGAUGAUCCCAGUCGGCGAGCUCUGGUUUGCAUGGACCUGCUCCCCAGCUUCGAUCCCCUGGAUCGUGCCCCUGCUCGCGGGUAUCCCGUUCGGCGCUGGAAACACUGGUGUUUUCAUCUAUUCGUCCAACUACCUGACUCACAGCUACGGCAUGUAUGCUGCUUCUGCUUUGGCCGGCAACUCAGUUAUUCGGAGUAUACUCGGUGGUGUUCUGCCUCUUGCUGGCUCUUCUAUGUAUGCCAGUCUGGGGCCGAAUUGGGCGGGCACUCUGUUGGGGUUGUUGGAGGUCGUGAUCGUGCCAAUUCCGUUUGUGUUCUAUAAGUAUGGGCAUAAGAUUCGUAUGAAGAGUCCCCUUAUUCUGCGCAUGCAGGAGGAGAAGAUGAAGCUGGAGGGGAAGCGGGCUAGGAGGCAGGUUCAGCUUCAGCUGGUGCAUCUGUCAGAUGAGAAGAAAGUGGAGGAGGCGGUUUAG